AUGAAUUUAUCACCAAAUCAUGCUAAAAAUACCCUAUUCAAACAGAAUAAGAAACCACUAUGCAGUCUUCUAAGCUGCAUUCCCAAAAAACUUCAGCAAUAUUUAUUGAUCUUUUCAAUUAUAUUUCUUUAUCUAUUUCAUACCACAAUUUCAAAUCUAUUUUUCAAGUUAAUAAAUUUUCUAAUCAAUUUAUUUUUACCAGUUAUACUUUUAUUCUCUAAAUUUAAUAUAUUUUCAAAUUCAAAAACUCAAUUUAAAAAUAUUGAUUUAUCGUUUUAUUUAAGAUAUAAAAAUAUGGAUACAUCUUAUUUUGAAAGAUCAGCAAUUUCCAAGAAAAUUCUUAACAAUAAUUAUAACAGAUUUGAUUUGCAAAGUUAUAUCCCAUAUUCAAAUAUAUCUGAAAGCUCACAUACUGAUAAUAUUGAUGACCUACAACUACAAAUUUAUGACAAUUUUAUUUAUUAUUCCAAACAUUUUCAUCAUAUAAAAAGCUCAAUAAAAGAUAUUAAAGAAGAAUUAUUAUCCUUCGAAGAAACGCAAAAUCAUCAUGAUAUAAAAUUUUCGAAGAAUGAUUGGAAAAAAACUUCAACUUCCAGCAUUUGGUUGAAAGAAGAGCAAUGCUAUUUAACAGUCAGUAGACUAACAUAUCUAGGCACCAAUGGGGAUUCCAAUUCCAAUACAAUUAUCAUUCAUUCGCAACUGUUUGAUAAGAACUGGAAAGAAUUAAAGGAUAAACGAAUUCCAAAAUCUAACUCGACUCUACCUGAAGAUUUAGAUUAUCAAUUGAAACAAAUUGAAAAUAAUUUCACACAUGAAAAUUGUCAUUUAUUUUCAACUUUAACAGGAUUAUUUAGAAGUUGUACAAAGGAAAAUCACAGAAUAAAUAAAGAAAUUGCAAAUUUAAAACAAAAAUUGUUGGAUGAAUAUUAUGUCAUUUAUCCAAUCACUUAUACUAUUCCAUAUACCAAGACAAAUAUAAAUUCAGAAGAUAUAAAGCUAAUACUAAAGCAAGAUAAUGAUGGUAAAGAAGAACCUAUUAUUAUCUUUAAUGUAAAUACGAAUAAUGGUGAAAAUUCAAAUACUCAAAAUGACGUAUAUUCAUUUUCUCCACAUCGUAAAUCUUCCAAUAUAAUUCAAUUUAAUUACCCAGGAUCUACUUUAUUAAAUGAAAAUUGGACACCUUUUUUCACUAAAGAAGAUUUAGAUAAUAAUAAAAAAAUAGAAACAGAAUCACAAAACUCAAUACAUUUCAUAACUGGUUUUUUCCCAUUACAAAUUUUAAAAUGUUCAUUAGAUGAUGGUACUUGUUUUAAAGAAUUUGAAACCAAAUCUAAUAAAAAUGAUAACACAUUUAAGAUGAUACAAAGUGGAACCCAAUUUGUUCCCUUCCCGGAACCAAUUCCAACUUUGUACAGCUCUAACAUAUGGCUAGGAUUCCCUGAAUAUCAAUUACAAGAAUGUGGAUGUGGUUCACAAUUUGUUCGUCCAAUGAUGACUUUAAUGAUAGAAACAAAUGGAACUUAUUAUCUGGAAUUAAUUUCAGACACAUUAGAUUUCAAAACCCCCGUGUUAAGCGGGAAGGGGAUUGGGAUGGAUUGUUCCGGUAAUAAUAAAAUGAGCCCAGAUUCCAUUGCCAGUUGGGAGCUCAUUGGCCAAGAUCCUAAGACAAAGCUCCUGGAAGAUUACUUAGUUCUAACAUACACAGAAGCAGACUCGCGGUCUAGUAUGAUCGUAUUGAAAGGACUCUUAAACUAUAUUUUAAACAUGUAUCAAACUCUACCUAUAACAGAAGAUAAAGAAUCUGUCAUUGUGGAGCACCAUGUUAACCGUUUUACUACAGCCUUAGGUUAUCUAUUCAUGGGUUUCAACAGCUACUGUCAAGAAUAUGGACAAAAUCAUAAAGCUAAUAGAUUUAGUUAA